CAGAACGACAAACGCAAGAAGCCGUGGCCCUUCCUUUUCCUGCUAAACUUUAAUCGCUCGCUUUAGAGUCAAGUCAUAGCUGAAUUUCUGUCAACAAAGGCCAUGGACAAACUAAACGCACAGCUCAACAGACUGCGUGUAUGGCUUUCGAGUGACCCUGAGUACAUCCUGGAGCACUGCGGGGAUAUCCUAUCCGUGAAUGAAUAUAAAAAGGUAAUAAAGCAAAGCAGUGGUUCAGAGCAGAUGAGAGAACUCUUGGAAAUAAUCAUUCAAAAAGGAGAAAAUCCCUGUCAGAACUUCAUUGACACUCUGAGGAAGCACCAAGGACACUUCCCAAAACUGAAGCAGUUUUUCGUCACUGAAGCUGAAGUUCCAGGUUCAUCCACUCCAAGCAUGUUUGCUGAUGGUAGCAGUGUUGUGUCCCGCAGAGAAUUUACAAACACAACUGCAAAAAACAUUUCAAUUAACAUUCAAACAGUAAGCCAGCCGGCAGACAGCAGUUUGUCUGGAAACAAACCCCAAGCAGAUCUCACUGCAAGUGGCGGCGGUGUUAUAUGUGCUGAUAAAAUAUCAGGUGUCCAUGUUGAUGAGUGUAUAAAUUUCUCAGUGAGUGUGAAUGCACCACAAGAAAACACAGGUAUGGUAGAGGACACACAGCCACCUCCUCAGGGUCCUGCUGUGAGAAAGAUCAAGGAGCACAAGGUGGAACUCAUUAACUGCCUGAUGGGGGAUCUCUUCAUUCUGCAGUGUGUGCAUGCCAAAGGAAUCCUCUCUCCCAGACAAUAUGGAAAUCUGAAGCACUCCUCUAACCCAGAACAAACUGUUACCAACCUGAUAGAUCUUCUGAUGAGUAAAGGUGAAGAAACCUGUGAUCAGUUUCUUCAGAUUCUUAAAGAUCCUAAAGUUGAUGCAACGUAUCCACAACUGAAAGACAUUAUAAAGUAACUGAGAUCAGAUCAUAUUUAAAAAUUUUUUAGCUAGGAUGAAAUUAAAUCAUGGGAAAGGGAAUUUGCAAAUCUGUUUUAAAACAUUGCUCAAAAAAUUAAACUUUGAAAGCACAUCAGAUAUCAAUGGGAACUAUGGACCCCAAACUACCCAAAUGCUUGUCUCAGUGGCUGAAAACAUCGGGGCAUGCUCCUAAUGAGUUGACAGAUGGUGUCCUGGGGGAUCUCUUCCAACAUUUGGAACAAGGAUUUCAGCUGUUGUCUAAGCUGUGUUUGGAGGAGGUCUGUGUGUCCCUCCAUGGAUAUGGCUCCCCACACCAUCACUGACCCACCACCAAGUUGAACAUGCUGAACAGUGCUACAGGCAGAUUAAUGUUCUCGACAGAUUCUCCACACCCUUGGAUGUCUGUCAUGUCUUUCAUGGCUUUGUCCAGCUCCCCUGGACUAACCACCUUUCUCCUGGAAUCUCCAUCCUCUUGAGACGCUGGAAACCUUUUUGCAAUGCAACGUAUCGAGGUUCCUGGAGGACUCGGACUGCUCGUCCAACCUCUGUAGGGUCCUUGUAUCUAUGCUACCAGUAUUGACACUGACCCUAGCCAAAUGCAAAAGUAAUGAAAAAACAGAAAAGAUGAGGAGGGCAAAACAUCAGUGAGCUCUGCCUGUAAACCAUUCCUGUUUUUUGUGGUUGUGUUAUUGUUACCCCUGUGGUGCACAUGUUGUCAUUUCAUUAACAUGAAAGCAGCUGAAACUGGCAACCCCCUCUGCUACUUAACCGACCAGAUCAAUUGACUUGAUGUUGUGCUUUGAUUAAAAGGUGUUUGUUUAAUUUUUUGAGCAGUGUAUAUACACACACUUGCACAUUCCCACAAUUUUGAUGUAACUGUGUGAGAUAUACCCUUCUGCUUUUCAAAACAGGGCACUGAAGUAAAGACUAUCCUCAGAUUUUCAUACUAAAUCUUAAGGAAUUAAAAAUGAAGCAUGUGAAAUGAUUUUGUAGUCUGUCGAUGAGAUACUGAGAUUGGUUGUAUACAUGUUAUAGCUAUGUAUGGGCACCAGGUGACAGCAUGAAAUAUGUUUAUAUUGUUAGUAGAGUUUUGACUACUGAUGAAGAGAACACAGAUGUUACAGCACCCAUGAAGUUUCACAAAAGUUGAGUGUUUAAUGGAAUAAAAUGAAACUACUUCUAA